AUGCCGUUUUUUAUGCGUGCCAAAAUGAAACGAUUCCUGCGGCGACGACGACGACGGGUCCCAGACACAGAUCAGGAUACUAUACCUGAUGACCUGUCGAGAAAAACUUUCCCUACCGGCAUCAAACCGCUCUGUAGCCCAGAGAACGUGACAAUAGACAUCGUCUUCGUUCACGGCCUGACUGGUGAUCGCGACGCGACAUGGACUGCCCGAGACGCGACCGAACCCUGGCCCAAAAAGCCUCCUCCCGUCCAUACUUCCGACAGCCCGUUGUCGCAGAGUCUUAUCGCUAACCACGCGUGGAAUCUGUUGACAUCUCUUUCAUCGUAUCGAGAUAACGACGGCACUAAUGAACGACCCGUAAUUUUUGUCUGCCAUAGCUUGGGGGGACUGGUCUGCGAGGAUGCCUUGUUUAAAUCGAGGCAACGAUCAGAGCAUCGUCUCCAAAAUAUUGCUCGUUGUACCCGCGGUAUUAUAUUUCUAGGCACACCACACCAUGGAGCUGGCCUUGCCAAAUGGGCCGAGGUCGUGUCUAAAUCUAUCGGCCUCAUCAAGCAAACAAAUUCCGACAUCGUGGAUGUCCUCAAACGCGAUUCUGAGGUGCUUGCGCGGAUUCAAGACGGCUUUCACACGAUGAUCAAAGCGCGCAGUGUAGCAGAACCGCCUCCGAUCGAGGUUACUUGCUUCUAUGAGGAGUUGCCAGUGCUGGGUAUUGGUUUCGUUGUGCCACAAGAUUCGGCCAUUCUGCCAGGUUAUGUCCCCAUCGGUAUUCACAGCAACCAUAUGAAUAUGGCUAGGUUCACCAACGUCGAAGACCCCGGUUUCAUGGCUGUUUGUGGAGAGCUGCGUCGGUGGAUUCGAGAUGCCCAAGGAAACACGAGACGCCACGCGAACUCACCACUGGAUGAGCAACCUGGUGUUGCCAACCAGUACGGCGACAAUAGUCGUCAGUAUACCCUAUUGGGGAGCGGCACACAGAAAAAUACGGAAGGCCAUUAUUUUAAGGCGAAAGGGGAUCAGAAUUUUGGUAUGAUCCCACCUAAGGAGUCUACAGACACCAAGGUGGCAUAG